AUGCCAGCCCCGUUGAUCCCCGCUUCUCGCAUGCGCGAUGCCCUCCAAAUCGUGCACGACUCGAUCGAGGACUUUGCCAAUACUUACCGGACAUGGCUCACGCUCGCUCCAGCAUACAGCUCCGGUCCAGCACUACUCGAUCCCACUAGCUCGGCCUCGGCAUCUUCUUCUACCCAGCACCGGACCAACGCCGAAACCCUAGCGAGAGCCUUCUGCCCCAUAUCCGGUCCAAGAUGGGACGAGCACAGAGACCGCAUCGCCGCUUCCACCUCGCUCAAAGGUCUCACUGUCUUGCGCAGCCAGGUCGAGGCUGAACUCCUUGCUCUAGAGAGGUUAGCUACCGAGAGAGGCAGCUGGGAAGAUCCACAUCCCUAUUCGAACGGCACCCAUCACAUCCGACUCUGGGAGGAGGUGCUGUAUGUCGCCUUCACUUACGGACCCGUCCUGUCCAUACAGGACCGCUUCGCUUUCAGCAUGUCGGCAGCCUUGCGUCGCAAGAAGAAGAUGCGCAAACCAAGAGGAGAGAACGUCAACAGUCAGAGCGUCAAGGUCGAUGUCGUCGCUCAAAACGGCGAUCGAUGGACCCGUCUCUACAUCAUCAAGCCAGAGCGUCUACGUCAGGAGUUCAGAGAGGCUGAAAGCUACAUGGUGGACGAAGCAGACUCGAGCUCGGCUUCCGAUACAGACGGAGAAGACGACUCGCAACCGUCCAUACGCAACGACACAGCGCCGGAUACAUUUCACGAGCACCAACACACGAUCAAGUGCUCCAUGAGCGAAAAGGAGAAGGCCCUCUCCUCAGCUCACGCAGAGCGACAGACCGACGAUGCCAUCGAUUCGCUCGCUUUCGACGUCGCUGCAAAGAAGUGCUCGCUCACCAAGCUCAUUCACGAGCUUCGUGCUGCCGCAGAUACCGAAGCCAAAGCGCGCGUGCAGCGGUCCGAGGAGCACGGCCGUCAGCUGCCCUUUGUGCCUAUCCACGUCGAGAUCAUUGUUACCCGCAUGGAGCUGCAAACACCUCUCCAACCACUUCCGAAUACCGCCACACAAAGCAAAGAGGCGGCACUCGCCGAGUUCUACCAAUUGUCAGAGUGGGACCGCUUCAACCACCGACUCGCUGCCAUCACGCAGGAAGCGCAAAGAUACAACGUCGACAUGGUCUUUGGCUAUCGACAGCUACCCGAUCGCAUCUUGCACAACGUCACUCCUCCCAGCAUCGGUCUGACUGUCAGCAAGGAUCGAGACAGACCGAUGGGCUUGCCACGCAUCCCGACGGCACCGCCACGACCGCAUUGGCGCACCACGCCCAACAUCAACCUCGACGUCACCGCCAUGAUCGCUCUUGUUAGCGACACCACCCACGGCAUCUUUCAUGAGAAUGGGGCGCAGGACCCUUUGCUUGAUGAAGCAAAGCGACAUCCCAAGCUCCACGAUGGCGAGCACGGUUCCGGCGCCCUCUUUCAGCAUCACUUUCGCACCUUUUCCAUCCGCAAAGAAGCGCUCGAGGCAAGAGCCGCCGAGUUGUCGCUGCAGGACGACCAGCAGGAUGAAGCUUCGCUAGCGCUGGACAAAGCGGCAGCCAAGGAAGGUCGGGCUCUUGCAAUCCAGCUCGAACGCGAAAUGACGAUCGAAACGCUCUUUGACGCCAUUCUCGGGCCGAUGUGGGAUAAGAACAGCUCUGCUGCAUCCGGAGAGUCCGCAAAGGGCACGCCGGUCGAGCUCUUCGCGACGGUGGGCGCCUUUGACCGCCUGCGUCGAGUCAGCUCCACCGUCGGAGGGCCCAACGAGAAGCGACGAGUCAAAGCGCUGCUGGGAGAUCCAGGAAUCGAUCCGCAGGACUUUUGGCAUGGUUCCAAGUGGGCCGCCCCCGAGCAUGACGAGCUUCGUCGGUGCCUCAUCCUCCCUAUCCAGCCUCUGCAGGAUCUGGGUCCGGGAGGCUUUGAUUCCUGCACUAGCCUCAAAGAGGUGUAUCCGGAUCUCCCUCGAGCUCAUUUUAUCUCGCACAUGGUCGAUACGCUCGAAAGCUGUCUCAGCGAGCUGUGGGGUCCUGACUGGCGAGACAUCUCCGAAGAUUUGCCGAGGAGCAAGUACAAAAAGCUACGCCAAAGCACGGUUCAUCAAGCAGGCGGUCAAACGUACACGACUCUACGCUCCAUGCACGCUUGUGCGAGGUACGGAAUGACGACGCUCUCGAGCAACAUGGACAGCAUCCAGUGGCUGCUCAAAGAGAUGAAUCGUCGCCCGUACUCACAGCAGACCAAGGAGAUCUUGCGCGAUACCUCGAUGGAAGAGCUAGCGACUUUGCGCAAGCAAGAGCAUCCUUUCUAUUCUUGCUUUAUUGUUCUGCACCCGCGAUCGCUCAGCGAGCAAAUGCGAGUGACGACAACCGCGCCGGCGUGGAGGGAAGUGCUCGAGGGAUAUCCCGGUGGACUUGGUCCUCCUGCAGCGCCGACUUUGGACGAAGAGGGUCGCCUGUCAGCAGCCCACGGACACAGCAACCCGAACGGGCACUCGCACGACCACGUACAAGCUUAUACGAUCGAUGAUGAUAACUACAAUGCAGAGACGAUCUCUUCGUCCGACGACCACAUCACAUCGUCCAACGGCAUCAUGUACUCGGUCGAUCCGCUCGCUCGAGCAAGAGAGCACGAGAUUGAGACCACGCACGAAAGCACCCUGCCUGGCUCGUCCGACCGGAGCGACAGCUUUAAUGGCGGGAGCUUGCCAGACCCGAUCAAGAAGUCCAGCACGACUCCCGUGACGCCCCUCAGCUUGCAACCCGAGGUCGAACCCAUCUUCUAUCAGGAAGGGCGUGCGGACGCUCCGCCACCUUCGAAUCCGCGAUCAGGACGGGCUCGCUUUCGUAUGGGCAGUGGCAAGGGACGCAUUCGUCGAUGGGUGCUUGGACCAAAGCCUGCAGCCCGCCUCAGCAUUCGGCAUUACAAAUGGUGGCCAUUGGCUCGUGUCGAACGGACUUGGAUGCGUCUGACCGAUCCGUUUGCUUGGAAGGAUCCUGCCUUGCGGAGCGAUCUCUACAGGAAUGGAAGUCACUCCGACUCGGAUCGCCAGCUGGGCGACCAGCACUAUGAAGACGAUGUCCAGCCCGGACUCGUGUGGGCUCGAAGCAUUCAUGCCGAUGUCAAGCUCAACAAGCUGCACUGGUCGCUGCUCUGCCUGGUCUACAUCGCCUGGACGAUCGGCUUUGCUUACCUGGCCAAGUCGCUGUGGUAUCAGUCCUCCGUGGUAGGCUUUGAUGGCGUUGCGCGAUCGCCCGCCUUUCUUUCGUGCACGUCCACGUACUGGCUCCGAAACGCAGGAUGCGGACUCGACGGUCAAGAUUGCGAACCCUUCUUCACGCCCGACGGCCAAGUCGGUCAGAACUUCCGCUGUCCUGCCGACUGCAUCGAUGUGACGCUGCUCAAUCCUCGUGCCAUCGGCAACCAGAGCGUCAACUAUGAGGCGCUCGUCGUUGGUGGCGGCGAUGCCGAUGGCACCUACCGCGGCGACUCGUUCAUUUGCGCUGCUGCCAUCCAUGCAGGCGUCAUCCGGAACUCGAGAGGCGGAUGUGGCUCUGUCCGCCUGGUCGGCGCCCAUUCGGGAUACGAGGCCAGCAGAGCGCAUGGCAUUGACUCGGUCGGCUUCGACUCGGUCUUCCCGAUCGCCUAUCGAUUCGAAACCACCCAAGGCGAGAGCGACUGCACAGAUCGACGUUGGCAAGGCUACGUGAUGAACGCCAUCAUGUCUGCCUUGGUCGGCUUUGUGCUUCGGCCGAAGCGCAUCGUGUGGUUCUGGACGCUCGCCUGUGUGGGCUUCUGGCACAUCAACCAGGUCUCGUAUCUCCGAUCCUAUCCACCGCCCAUCGGCGCGGUGUUUGGCGACUUCUUGCCGUUUCUGUUUACGUGCUAUGCCAUCUGGCGGUUGGCGUUUCGUUUCGUCUGGCCGGUCUUCGUGCAUCUGCCGGUGGAAAGCACCUUCUGGACUUUGGGUUUCUGGUGGAUUGGCGUGCUGCUUAACGUGGUGUUCGACAAGGUGCCGAUCCAACGACUCGUGGCGAGGGACAUUGCGCAGCAGCCGGGCAGCGUGGUGGCCGUCAUCAUCGUUGCGCUCGUGGUGCUGUUCAUCGCGAUCAACCAGGUGCGCGUGAUGUGGAAGACGGGCUAUUUGGCCAAGUACGUCUCGCUGUACAUUGUCGGCGGCGUGCUGGUCGGCUUGGCUGCUGCUGUGCCGGGCGAGACGCUCCGACUGCAUCACUACAUUAUCGCGCUCGUGCUACUGCCGGCAUGCGCAUUCCCAACACGACUCUGCCUGAUCUACAUAGCGUUCCUGCUGGGCAUGUUUACCAACGGUGUAGCGCGCUGGAGCUUCGAUGGACUCAUCGAGGACACUUCGGUGGUGCAAGGCGAUGCCACUGGUGGCACUGGACGGCCUACCUUCAACACCACUUCCAGCACCUGGCGCACCUCGGACGGGCUCGUCAGCUGGAACGCCAUUCCGGAAGACCAAGCUGCCGACUGGGACGGAUUCGCGCUGUUGGUCGACGACGUGCUGCGCUAUCAAGGCCCCGCGACCAGCUGGAAUCUCAGCAGUCUGGUCGACGUCUACGCCGAGGAGGGCAAGGCAGACGGCCAAUCGGAUCUGCCGAGCAACCAGACGAUCCGCGAGGUGCCGCACUACCUGCGCCUGGCGUUCAGCUCCGAGGGCAGCCCGGGCGACUUUACCCGAGCUGCGACGGCGGUUUUGGGCAACGGGACGUGGAUCGAUGCUGCGGAUGGUGCGACGUAG